AUGGGAAGGAUAUGCCCAUUCCCGUCCCCGGCGUUCGUGUCCAGAAUCGCCCGCCGUGCUUCAAUUUUCGCUUCUAGAACGCACGUCGUAUAUCGUACACUUGCGCACCUUCCGUUAUAUGGCCAAUCUGUCUCUGUUCCUGCUCCUUGCUUCUGCCCAAACCUCCCCUGCUCCCCUCCUACCUUCGUCUUCCCCGCCCACCCCGCUGUCGCCCCUCCAUCUCACAGGGCACUCGUAGGCUAUCUGUCAACGACCGCCACUUCCCCCGAUCCCCGCUCUACAGCGACCGCUCCCUCCAAGUCCGACGUGCCUGUCACUGGGCCUGGUCUCACUUGCUCCCCCCCCUCGUCGCCCAAGACAAUGAACCGAGACAUGGCGCACGCCCCUGCCAACGCCCCCGCCCACUACGCCCUCCUCGCGUAUGCCCAGGAGAUGCACCAGUACACGCUCGAGCUCUGGACGGAGCUCAGCAACAAGCUCGACGCCCAAGGCCGCCCCGCAGCGACCCCCACUCGGGAUCUGCCCAGGAACGUGUAUGAGCAACUGCCUCAAGGCGGCGCGUCCCCGGACGACACCGACGCCGAAUCGCCGCAGGACGAAUAG